GAAGGCAGUAGAAUGAUUAGUGCUGCAAUUCAAGUGGCAAAUAAGCUUCCUGAUAUUGGUAUUCAACUUUGGGCCACAGCUUUGUUGAAAGAUAUCGCAAAUAUGAUGGGAAACCAAGAGGAAGAAACUAGAUGGUUUGCUGAGCAUGACAAAUUCUCCCAGCUUGUGAUCGAGGAUCAUAUGAGGGCUGCUGUCGCUCCUGAACAUCGACUUGUCUGUGUAAGUAAUUUUUUCUAG